AUGGCUCACAGGCCGAAAAGGACUUUCCGGCAGCGCCGAGCUGACUCUAGCGAUAGCGACGACGCUCAGGAGCCGUGUGAGGAAGUCGGAACACCGGGACAGCAGGCAACUCCGGGCCAAGAGGAGAAAGAGCCGCCAUCUUCAGGACAGCGGGCGGAAGUGACUGAAAGAACUCUGAAGCCUCGCGCUCGGCGCAUGCGCGGGCGAGUCUGGGCGAGCUCCCGGCGCGCCGGAGGAACCGCGCCACAAGCGGACGUCUGCGCAGGCGCCGCAGCCAGAACAGUUGAUAAUUCAACAGAUGAUGAGAAUGAAACUUCUUCUGAACAGAAGGAUGAUCAGAGUUCCUCUAAUGAAACCUCUAGCUCUCAGGAAGAAAAGGAAUUGGCAACAGUAGUCAAUAUUCCUGAUGCAGCUUUUAUUCAGGAAGCCCGGAGAAAACGUGAAUUAGCCAGGACCCAAGAAGACUAUAUUUCUUUAGAUGCAAAGCAUACAUCCACUGUUUAUGGGAAGAAGAAAAACAGUGAUGAAGAUCCUGAGAGUGAGCCUGAUGACCAUGAAAGAAGAAUACCAUUUGCCCCAAAGCCUCAAACACUGAGACAAAGAAUGGCUGAAGAAACAACUCAAAAUAAAGAAUCAAGUGAAGAAAGUCAGGAUGAUGAAAAUCAAGAUAUUUGGGAACAGCAGCAAAUGAAGAAAGCAGUGAAAAUCACGGAGGGUCGAGACAUAGAUCUGUCCUACAAUAGUAGUAAACCUCAGAUGAAGAAAUUUGAUACUUCCAUUUCAUUUCCACCAGUAAAUUUAGAAAUCAUAAAGAAACAAAUAAAUACAAGAUUAACACAAAUACAGGAUACUCACCGCUCACACCUGAGAGAAUAUGAAAAAUAUAUAGAAGACCUCAAGAGCUCAAAGAAUGCUAUCAAGAACCUAGAGACUUCAUCAAACCAAGCUCUAAAUUUUAAAUUCUACAAAAGCAUGAAAAUUUAUGUGGAAAAUUUAAUUGACUGUCUUAAUGAAAAGAUUAUCAGCAUCCAAGAAGUAGAGUCAUCCAUGCGCGCACUUCUGUUAAAACAAGCUCUAAUCUUUACAAAACGCAGACAAGAUGAAUUGAAAUAUGAAUCAGCAUAUUUACAACAGUUAUCACGCAACGCUGAAGCAUCAACAAAUGGAAAUUUGACUAUAGAUGAAAAAACUCAGUUGAUACUGAAAGAGAUUGAAUCCCGAAGGGCCCAAAGAAGACAAGCUAGGGCAGUGUCUGGGAAGUGCGAGCAUCUGGAAGGCGCAUCCAGUGAUGAGGAAUUGUCUUUGGCAGACAUGGCUGAUCUUGAAAAAAGCCAAGGUGAUAUUUUACAGGAGUGUAAGAAAAUUUUUGAAGAUGUGAAUGAUGAUUUUUGUAAUGUUCAGAAUAUUUUGUUGAAAUUUCAGCAAUGGCGAGAAAAGUUUCCUGAUUCUUAUUAUGAAGCUUAUAUUGGUUUAUGCAUACCAAAGCUUUUAAAUCCCCUAAUACGAGUCCAGCUGAUCAACUGGAAUCCUCUUAAGUUUGAUUCCAUAGGUUUAAAACAGAUGACUUGGUUCACAUCUGUUGAAGAGUAUAUGGCUAACAGUAUGGACUCAAAGCAGGAAAAUAGUUCUGAUCAGAAGAUCUUGUCUGCUGUUAUCAACAAAACAGUUGUUCCUCGACUUACAGACUUUGUAGAAUUUGUAUGGGAUCCUUUGUCUACCUCACAGACAACAAGCUUAAUAAUGCAUUGCAGAAUGAUUCUUGAGGAACAUUCCACUUGCACAAAUGAAGUUGAUAAAGGCAAACAGGAUUUAAUUAACUCCAUCAUUUCAAGAAUGAAGAAGACAGUAGAGGAUGACGUUUUUAUUCCUUUGUAUCCAAAGAGUGCUACAGAAAACAAAAGCUCACCUCAUUCAAAGUUUCAAGACAGACAGUUCUGGUCAAGUCUAAAGCUCUUCCACAAUAUCUUGCUUUGGAGUGGACUGCUCCCCAAUGAUGUCUUGAUAGAGCUUGGACUUGGGAAGCUGCUAAAUCGGUACCUUCUUGUAGCUCUUUUCAAUGCCAUUCCUGGUCCAGAUAUUGUUAAAAAAUGCUGCCAGAUAGCAUCAUAUUUACCAGAAAAAUGGUUUGAAAAUUCUACCAUGAAAACAUCGAUUCCCCAGCUAGAAAAUUUCAUCCAGUUUUUAUUGCAGACCAUUCGGAAAUUAUCUGAAAAUGAAUUCAGGGAUGAAGUCAAAAAGAUCAUUCUUAUUCUGGUGAAAAUAAAAGCUCUGAAUCAAGCAGACUCCAUCAUCAAAGAAUGUCAUCUAGACCAUCUUAAGUCAAUACUUAAGGAUGUUUGAAUAAAACUUACAAGAAAGUA